UCAGUCAGCGGCCGGGCCCAUCUCGCGCUCCCCAUUCAUGCAGUUUGGUUGCGUGUUUUGCAAUCAACUAUUAAGGUGCAACUAUGCCCAAAAGAAAGGCUCCAGCUGAAGGCGAGGCAAAGGAGGAGCCAAAGAGAAGGUCAGCCAGACUAUCUGCUAAACCUGCUCCACCCAAACCGGAGCCAAAGCCCAAAAAGGCAGCACCUAAGAAAGAAAAAGCAGCAAAUGAUAAAAAGGAGGACAAAAAGGCAGCAACAAAAGGGAAGAAAGGAGCCAAAGGCAAAGAGGAAACUAAACAAGAGGAUGCUAAAGAAGAAAACCACUCUGAAAACGGAGAUACCAAAACUAAUGAGGCACCAGCUGCUGAAGCAUCUGAUGACAAGGAAGCCAAGUCCGAGUAAUGUUAACCCUGCCCUAUAUCUCCAUCAUUUGGUAUCCGUACCUCCAUGCUGUAUUGUUAACAGAGAGGAAUAUUUUUAUCAACUAUUUUAUAAAUGCAGGUUUUUUUAGCAUGAAUUUAAUUAUGGAACAUCUUCAUCUCGGUUACUUGGGAAUUAAAUCCCUAACAAACAAAACAAAACAACAAAAAAAAAAGUCAUUGUUUUUAAAUUUUGUGAUUGUAAUAGUUUGUAUGGUACAUGGAAAGAAUAAGUGGUGGUAGCUUUUGACUUCUGUCAGUGUGUCCCUUUUUGUGUAAGUCAUGCUUACAGACUUCAGAUUUUAAUUUUUCCCUUGUAUGUGUUGUAUGGUUUCUUAAAGUGGGGAGGUCUCAAAACAAAUAACCGUGUGAAACAUUCCAGUGGUUCUGUGGGUUGCUUUUAUAAAGAAGGUGAGCUAUUUUCAUGAAAAAACCUAAGAGCUGGAAAUCUGUUGUUUCCCAAAUGUAAUUUUAUUUUGUCAGUUUUGAAAAAAAAAAAAAGAAAAAUAAAUAAAUAAAAGUGUAAUCCUGUUUUUAAAUGAAAUACAAACAUUUCUUUUCAAAAAGGGCAGGUUGGUUGUAUGUACCCACUGUUAGGAAUUUUGCUGGAUUUAUCUUAAUAAAAAAGACUCCUCAAAAGCU